CGUUACAACUGCUGGUCAUGAUACUCCGGCGGGUGGACCGACGGCUCCACCAUGGCCAUGAGUCACCCCUCUAAGGCCCUGGCGGGCGCAGUAGUGAGGAUUACACCGCAGGGACCGGGAUGUCAGCACGUGGGCUCUGCACUCCAACACACGCGCACGCGCAGUGCGUUACCCUCGAGAGCCAACACGCAGGCCGCCGGGAGCCUACGUGCCAUUGACUGAGUCUGACCCCGCGAGACCGAGGCCCCGCAGGACAGGCCCAGCAACCCCACGCUGCAUCCAUGGUGGAGAAACCCCGAAGGUGUUUCCCCGACCACCUGUCCCUGCGGGAGGUUCCAGGUGGCCCUUAGCUGGUCAGCUCGGUACAGGAGUGAGGAAGGGGGGGGAAGGGGAGGUGGACGAGGAGCACUCUCGGGCCCAGAAGUAGCUCCAUCCCCUUCCUCACACCAAGCUCAGCAUGCCCGGGACGCCGAGCCUGUCCCUGCACUGACCAGCUCGACAGCAUCAUGACAAGAACCCGCAGGAACCCGCACAAAUGAGCCAGGUGAAAAAGGGCAGCCGCCGCUGGCCCCGGGAGAACCCGCUUGUGAGCCCCGCCCUGUGGAUGCUGUAGCUGGGUGUCUUGCAGUUUUUUUUCGGGCCAUGGACUGACAUGUCCGUAAACUCUGCAAGCUGUUUAAGCAGAGGUGAUUGUCCCACAGGGAGGUGUGUUUGUGAAAUGCCUUGAGAUUGUGUUCCUAUUGUCCAAUAAACCUUCCGUUUUACUGGCUGGCUGAGAGUCACAGUGAAUCCCAGGAAGAGGGGUGCAGGCCACGGAUUCCCCCACACUCCGUGACAACUGGUGGCAGCGGUGGGAUGUACUGCACCCCGUGAACGGCGCUUCCUGCAGUAAGUGACUGGGAAACAGUAAAACGAAGGGGGAUUGAUGGGGACCAGGUGUGCUGAAGAUUCAGAGAGAGACAGUUGCAGGGGGCGGUUAACCCCUGGGAGUGUGUGACCAGAGAGAAGGACUUUUGCAGUAACAGGGUCCCCCGGGGCAUUGCAGCGAGCGGUCCCAGGGGUGGAGAAGUCUGCAGCUCAACCCUGGCAAAGAGGUGGUGACCUCAAGAAGUACUGGCACGCUUGGGGUUCUUCCUGGAACCCGUGGAAAGCUGCCCGGCCUGCGAGUGGCCAGCAGGGAGAGGUACGCUAAACGCUUUAAGAGCGACCUGGUGGAGCUGUGCAGGCAGAGGGGGCUGCACAUUGGGAGGUCCACCAAGGAACAGCUGAUUGCCCAGUUGGAGGAGAAGGAUCGCUUGGAUGACCAGGUCCCUGUCCCUGAGGGAAGCCGCCUGGUAGACGCAGCGUGGGCCCUGGGGCCUGACCGGGUUGGGAGGGUUCAGACUGCUGCCGAGGACAUCCCCGCGACCCUUCCUACCUAUGCCUGGGGAGGGGUUGGGGAAAGCCCAGCAAAUACCGAGGGCAUCCUGACCCCAGGAGCCAGCAGGGGAUUCUCCUGGCGGAGCUCCCCAUCCCUGGUGCGGAGGCGGCUGGAAUGGGAGAGGGAGAUGAAAAUGAGGGAGCUGGAGGAUCAUGAAAAGCAGCAUCAGCAUGAGCAGGAGGAGAGGCAAUGUCAGCAUGAGCAGGAGGAGAAGGAGAAAGAGGCAGCAUGAAGAGAAGCAGAGACAGCAUGAGCUGGAUCUGGCCAGGCUGAGGAGCAGUGGGGCCCUGGCUGCAGUGAGUAAGGGGGGACCCAAGACUGCAAAGAGCUUUGAUAAGUGCUCCCUGGCCCAUCAUAAGGAGGGGGAGGACAUAGAUAGCUUCCUGGCGGCCCUUGAGAAUGCCUGCGAGAUGCACAGCGUUGUCCCUGCCGACAGGCUCCAGUUUCUCACCCCCUUACUGGACCCCAAAGCCGUGUACAGCCAAAUGACAGGGGCAGAUGCAGGGGACUACGAACUGUUCAAAAAGGCCCUGCUCCGUCAGUUUGAGCUGACCCCCGAGAUCUAUCGGAAAAGGUUCCGGAGUCAGUGUAAAACGCCUGAGGUCACAUACCUACAACUGGUCAACCGGAUGCAGGGAUAUGCCCGCAAGUGGACAGCUGGGGCCCAAGCUAAAGAGGACCUGCUUGACCUAAUUGUACUGGAGCAACUGUAUGAACAGUGCCCUUCUGACCUGAGGCUAUGGUUGGUGGACAAAAAGCUAGAGAACCCACAGCAUGCAGGGCAGCUGGCCGACGAGUUUGUGAACAGUCGAUCGGGGUAGCAGGGAGGAGUCCCAAAAGAACAGGCCCCCCCGAUGCAGAGAGAGAGUCACCAUGGGACCUCCCAGCGGCGAAAUAUGGAGAACUCCCUCCCAAGGGGAACGCCUGGCGUCAGGACCAUCCGACCCGCUCGAGGGGACCAACGUGACCUGAGCUGCUAUCACUGUGGCCAGAGAGGCCAUGUAUGGACCCAGUGCCACAGGCUCAGGGACAGACUGAGCAGACCCAACCGAUCCAGGGUUAACUGGGUAGGGACCCAGCUGGACGAGGGGCAGACGGCCCAGGCAAGGGGGGCUGCCAGCUUACCACCUGCUCAGGAGGGAAGAGUACCCCAGGCCAGCUCCUCCGGAGGGCUGGAUGCUCUGGACUCAGGGUUCUUGGUUUACAGGGUGGGCGCGGGGCUGUCCCUCUGGAGAGAGUGCCUUGUUCCCCUUGAGGUGGAUGGGAGGAAGGUCAAUGGAUACUGGGA